AAGCUAAACCUCUCCAUCUCUCUCACUAUAUAUAUGUAUAAAGACAUAAACAUAAGAACCCAUUUUUUUGUUGUUGUAAACAAAUCCACUCUCUCUCUCUCUAUUUCUUCGAUAAGUUUGAAUCCUUUGAUAAGUUUUAAUCAACAACAACAGUAACUUACAAAGAGAGAAAGAGAGGAGAGAGAGAGAGCAGAAAAAGAAAGGGUCUCUCUCACCCUCUCUUGUUGUCAUGUCUCCUCUCAGAUCUUAGAUUUUUUAAGUUUUCUAUCUGGAUUUUUUUUCUGGAUUCCUGGAUUGCUUUUGCUUGAUAUUUGAUUGUUUGAAGGUUGUUUCUACUUUGGGAUUGAAUCCAAGAGUGGUCUUUUGAUAUACGCUUGUAAAUAUCCGAGCUUUGCUUUGUAUCUUUCACAAGAAUGGAAAUGGAGCUUGGAAAGUUAUUCAUUGGUGGGAUUUCAUGGGACACAAAUGAAGAUCGUCUCAAGGAGUAUUUCCGGGCUUUUGGGGAUGUUUUAGAAGCUGUCAUAAUGAAGGAUCGAGCCACAGGUCGUGCUCGUGGCUUUGGUUUUGUUGUUUUCGCUGACCCUGCUGUUGCUGAGAGAGUUGUGAUGGAAAAGCACCUUAUAGAUGGUAGAAAUGUCGAGGCAAAGAAGGCAGUUCCUAGGGAGGAUCAGAGCACUCUGAACAAAAAUAGUAGCAGCAUUAAUGGUUCACCUGGUCCUGCCCGAACAAAGAAGAUAUUUGUAGGAGGUUUAGCAUCUACAGUUACAGAUAGUGACUUUAAGAAGUACUUUGAUCAGUUUGGAGUGAUUGUAGAUGUGGUGGUUAUGUAUGAUCACAACACUCAGAGGCCAAGAGGUUUUGGAUUCAUCACCUAUGAUUCAGAGGAAGCGGUUGAUAGAGUAUUGCACAAAACCUUUCAUGAACUCAACGGUAAAAUGGUUGAGGUCAAGCGGGCUGUCCCAAAGGAAUUAUCCCCAGGGCCAACACGGAACCAGUUAGGAGGACUUAACUAUAGUCCAAGUAGAGUCAGUAGCUUCCUCAAUGGUUAUACUCAGGGAUUUAACCAAAGUUCUGUUGGAGGGUAUGGAGUUAGAAUGGAUGGUAGGUUUAGUUCUGUUAAUGUUGGACGGAAUAACUUUUCUCCAUUUGGUACUGGUUAUGGGAUGGGAUUGAAUUUUGAGCAGGUGUUGAACCCAAGUUAUGGGGGAAAUUCAAACCUUAAUUCUAAUGCUGGUUAUGGACGGGUCAGCCCUUCAUAUAGUGGAAAUGCAAGCAGGUAUAGCAACCCCAUAGGGUUAAGUGUAGGCAAUGGAGGAAGUACUUCUGUAUUAAAUUCAACAGCUCACACAUUAUGGGGAAAUGGAAGUAAUAAUCAUUCUUCAAGCGCCAACAACUCCAGUACUUUUAUGGGUUCUGGAACUGGAAACUCGGGAAUGGGUUCUUUUGGCAGUAUUGGAGCACUUUGGGGCUCCUCUGCUAAUUCCGGGCAAGGUGGAGGAGUUGGCUCUGUCAAUAGCAGUAGCAAUCUAGGCUUUGGCAGUGGAGAUUUUGAUAUUGGUCUAGGAGGUGUAGGUUAUGGAAGAAACAGUAGGACAGGUGUUGCACUGACAUCAUCUCAUGUUGCAUCCAAUGGUGGUUAUGAAGGGGCUUAUGCAGACUUUUAUGAAAAGGGCUCAUUAUAUGGGGAUUCCACCUGGCAAUCUUCACCUUCAGAGCCAGAAGUGUCAGGCUCAUUUGGUUUUGGGCUUGGAACUGCAGCUUCUGAUGUUAUGACUAAAAAUUCUGCUGGUUAUGUUGGUGGUUAUAGUGUUGCUAAUAGACAAUCAACUAGAGGAAUUGCCGCAUAGGAUGAUUAUGAUAUAGGUGAGGUAAUCUGGUGAAGUGAAUUUCAUACAUGUUUCUUGUCCAGAUGUUCCAUUCCAUAAAGGAAACAUGAUUCGAGCAAACUGGUUCAUGUUUUUAUCUUAGAGAGCAGUCCAAGGAAAUCUGUGUAUGGCUUGAGCUUUUGAGAUUUUUCUAAUAUAGGUUUUUUCUUUCUUGAGAUGUAAAAAAUCACGUUGUGGGGUAUACUCAAAAUGAUUGUAUGAUGCA